UUCGGUCUGCUUAAUCGCAGAUAAAGACAGUAAUAAUAUGUUUUACUGACGAUAAAAUUUUCACCGCAACGCGCAACGAGACCUUCAAUAUGGCGGAUAAAAACAAGAUCCUACCGUGGUCCCUGCUUCCAUAUCCGGCGAGUUUGUUGAACCAUGUUUGGUACAGUCAACUCGCUCUGAAUACUAGGCUACUCGAAAGCAUGAAGAUGCCGGCACGGACGUCCGGUUUUCACAUCAGCGACAUCCUGGAGCUAAACGACUCAAAACCGACGCCAGAAGAUUCUGAGCUUCAAGGAACCACGACGGUUUUGCCAGCGGCAAACGAGGUGCCCUCGACUUACCAGCAGCUCCUUGAACACACGACGGCGAUGCUGCAGCCCGGAGUUCACGGGAACUUAAACAGAGCGACGCUGCCGCCUCCGCCGCCGGGAAUUCUGGGAUGGCCAACCGGGCCGUCACUGCCUUCGACGGUGCCGCAACCCCUGGAGGAAGUUAACGUCCUCCAGCAGCCGGACUCGACCAGUCCGACAAUAUCCGACCUCUCGUUUCCCUCGCAUCCUGAAAACGGGCACGAGUCGAAGGAGGACGAGCAGGAGUUCGAGGAGGAGCACCAGGGCGAGUCUCAGCCCCACGAGAACGAGCACAAGAAGCGAAAGCGGCGGGUCCUCUUCUCCAAGGCCCAGACCUACGAGCUGGAACGGCGGUUCCGGCAGCAGCGAUACCUCAGUGCCCCGGAACGUGAGCACUUGGCCUCCAUCAUAAGGUUGACCCCGACCCAGGUCAAGAUCUGGUUCCAGAACCACAGGUACAAGACAAAACGCGCCGCCACCGAGAGGGUCGAGGCCAGUGGAAGCGGUUGCUCGCCGAGGAGGGUCGCCGUCCCCGUCCUCGUCCGCGACGGAAAACCCUGUCAGUCGAAGCUAAUGGAGUCUGCAUCGUAUCCUGGUUCCGGGCAGGUCCCCAUGGCUCCGUACAUGCAGAAGCCGUACUGGUGGUAAGCACGCUACGAGUUUUAAAAAUUU